AUAGGGCUUACAGGCCAUUCAGGGUUACGAAGUAGAACUGCUGGAACGCCCUUGGCAGUCCACAAUCCCUUCUCUCCGGGUUUUGUCCCAAACAGAGACCUUUCUAGUGGUAGAAGACAUGAGGAAUCUUCUUCAGAAGACAGCCAUUUUAGAGGUACCCUUUGUCUCAAGUGUGGUGAAGAAGGGCGGAACGUGACAACAUCCAGUAAUCAAUCUAGCAAACUUCAACAAGUUUGUGAUUUACUCCCACUUCAAGAUGGAAGACUUGAAAACAGUUUCCGACCUACUGAGAUGGGAUUUCAAGUGUGAGCUCGACCUAAGGGAUGCGUAUUUCACCAUCCCACGAAAUUCACCCGCUUCCAAUUCAGAGGGAGAACGUGUCAAUUCACUUGUCUCCCAUUCGGGUUAACAUACCCCCCUUACACUUUUACCAAUUAAAGUGCUCAAAACCAAUUACAGGCAUGCUAAGGAAGAUGGUUGUCCGAAUAAUAGUUAACCUAGACGGCAUUCUCGUUAUGAACAGCACCUUACAGGGUUCACUAAGAUUUCAAGUUUCCGGCUAAAUACUAGGAAUAGGCGGGGAAUCAAACAGUUAGGGAUUUCUUUAGUUAUAUUUUUUCUCUUUUUUCCUAUUAAAGUAGCCGGAGAUCAUGUUUAUAGUAGCCGGGGGAAAUGCUCGGCCCUACCCCCGGCCCUUAAUGACAGCCCUGACUUUAAAGGGAACCAGAUUCUUAAGCACAUGCUAGAGAAUCUUGGAUUUGUGAUAAAUCCAUUUCCUUUCCUGUGCAGGUCAUCGAUUUUGUGGGAAUCAUUGUGGACUCCACGAACAUGAGGUUUCUCUUCCCCGAAGAGAAAGUUGCUACAAUUGAGGAGGAAUGUCUCCUUCUGGUGAGCAGGCAAGUAGCCUCAUUGAGCCAACUUUCGCAAAUUAGAGGAAAGUUGACUUCCUGCGAAAUUGCAGUUCAUCAAGCCUUCAUUAUCGACAACACUUGAUGAAGAACAGGACAAUACACAAUCAGUUAGCUAACAAUGUAGAAGUACCUCUAGAUCACAAUGCCUAGGGGACCUAAGAUGGUAGGUGGACAGCCUUUCCCUUGCCAACGGGCACCCCAUUCGGAUUUCCCGACCUUAUCUAGUAAUUCAAUCAGAUGCCUUCAACACAGGAUGGGGAGCUGUAAGCAAUGGGGUAGAUACCAGGGGGACAUGGACACGGGAAGAAACGAGUCUCCAUAUCGACUGUGAAAGGUGCCUACUCGAUCAUUAUGCAAGACAUCUGUGUGGUUGGUGACUCCAAAAGAGAAUAGCUCUAAGGGCGGAACACAUACCAGGCUGUGUCAGCACAAUAACAGACAGGGAAUCGACGGCUAAACUAGACUCUUCCGACUGGCACCUGAACCCGGAAUACUUUCAGUUGGUAAUAUAACCAUGCUGGUUCAGAGUACAAUCGACCUUUUUGCAAGUAGAACCAAUCACCAACUUCCCAGUUUUGUAAUUACAAACCCGACCCCGAGGUAGAGGCGAUCGAUCCCCUGACUCAACCAUGGGCGAGACAAGUGGGUUAUGCCUCCCCCAUUCACUCUCUAGCCAAAUGCCUAAGAAAGUAAUUCACGAGAAAGUAACAAUAACCCUGGUAUGCCCAGUUUGGCCAACUCAGUCAUGGUAUACACAACUCUUCCAGUUGGUGGUGGACACACCUAUUCUCCUUCCCACAACAUCAGGGCUCUUAACAGGCCCUCAGGGUCAGGAGCACCCACUGGUGCUGCCUAGAGAAUUUCAACUCAGAAUCAGUACAAGUCUUGUUGGUCCAAAUGGGUGGGCUGGAAUGAUAAACAAGUGGAUCCCCUUCAACCCAGUAUUGUAAAGGUAGAAGAUUUUCUGUCUGAGUUGUUUAAAUCAGGGCUUCGGUACUCCACGUUAAAUACUUAAUGAGCCCCAACCAUUAUUUCUUUCCAUUCAAGCUUCCUUUAAGCCUGUGACGUUAGCAACUAUUGAGAGGUGGUUAAAAGACACAAUGAGGGAAGCAGGUAUUGACGUGGGCAUUUUCAAAGCUCACUCCACCUGA